AUGUUCAAUGGCUAUCGAGGUGAUCUCUAUUCACGUAUCAAUCCCUAUGCCCGUCAAUAUGUUCUCAAUAAGCUCGAACGACGUUUUCAAUACAAUGUGACCGAAUUGAUCGAUACCUUAGACUUGAAUGAUACUGAUAUUGAUACUUGGUCAACUUUAUGUACUCAACUAUCAAAUGGAAUCAUGGCUAUGAUUGGUCAAGUUAGCCAUGAAGACUUCGAUUGGUUAGCUGGAUUUUGCUCCGCGUAUCAAGUGCCAUUUCUUGGUUUAAACAAUCAUAAUAAUCGUGAAAAUAACUAUUACAUGUCAUUGAUACCCGACGUUCUGCCAGCUCUACUGGCAUUCUUACGCCGCUAUCAGAUUAAUCAACUAGUCUAUCUCUAUGAUGAUACCAUUGGAGCAUAUCGACUGAAAAACUUAAUGGAAAUGCAAACGACAAACAAAAUUCAUAAUUUAAAUAUAAUUAGCCGAUAUCUUGGCAAUCCCGAUGAUUCUUAUGACCUCUUGCAAAACGUUGAAAUGAUGACCCAUGCUUCACCACGCGUAUUGCCAAUAACAAGUACAAUAUCGCGAUCGCAUGGACGAUACAUUGUGCUUGAUUUUCAAUCCUUAGAAACCUAUCGAAUUGUUAUGGACAAAAUCAAACACCGAGGAAUGACCACGGCUGAUUAUCAUUACAUCAUACUUUCAUUGAAUGCUAAACAAUUGGAUAUGACUUAUUUUCGAUACGGUGGUGUCAAUGUGACGUUUUUUGCUCUGCCAUCUGAUCCGAAUAUUCAUGAUAAUCAAACCUUACACUCAUACGAGACGUAUCUCAAUGCCACAAAGAACCUCGAUGAAAAGAAUGGUCCACUUAUCGAAUCCUUAUUAAUUGUCGACGCGUGGGAAACACUGUUACGAACAAUCAAUCGUAUGCUCAUCUCAGCAAACGAAACACGUGAUAAAUUGAAAGUCUUUCGACAAGGCCGAUUCUACAAUGGUCUAACACCUGGCAUUGAUUGCCGCAAUAAUCAUAUUCAGGCAUGGUCUGCUGGUCAAAUCUAUUUAGAAAACCUACUGAAUACUACAUUUGAUGGUUUAACUGGCCAUAUACAAUUUUCGAACACAACAGGACAACGAACGAAUUACACAUUGGAUGUCUAUCGUGUAACAGGAAAUGCCAUGCCAAAACAUAUUGGAUACUUCCGCGCACCGAAUACACUUGAGGUCACUGACGAUUCGUCAUUUCGUUUUCGGAUGUCAUAUGAUAAUCGCACACGACUAAUCGUCACUAUCCUGGAUGAACCAUUUAUGAUGUUGAAGAAAAGUCGGAAUGAUACAUUAACCAUAAAGAAUAUUGAACGCGGUACUAUUCUCGAUCCAUCGAUGGUCGAAGGAUUCUGCGUCGAUCUAGCUUACGCUAUAUGUCAUGAAAAACUACAAUUACCCUACAAAUUUCUCAUUGAAACCAAAUACGGUAAUGAAGUACAAAAAGGUGUUUGGAAUGGCAUGAUCGGUGCACUAGUUAAUCGCGAUGCCGAUCUAUCUAUUGCAUCGUUAACCAUCAAUGGUGCUCGAGAAAAAGCAGUAGAUUUUUCCAAGCCAUUUAUUGACUUAGGUAUAUCAAUUAUGAUACGCAAGCCGGAAAAACAAAAGCCAGGUGUUUUCUCUUUUAUGGCACCAUUAUCCAAAGAAAUUUGGAUCUGUGUGAUCGUGUCUUAUUUAUUUGUCAGUGCCAUUCUAUUUUUCGUCAGUCGAACGUCUUCCUACGAAUGGUAUUUCGAAAAUGAAACCGACGUCGUACCACGAAAUAAAUUUUCCAUGCAAAAUGCACUAUUUUUUUCCUUUGCCGCUUUCAUGCACCAAGGUGUCGAUCUUUUGCCCAGAUCAUUUUCAGGUCGAGUAGUCACAAGUGCUUGGUGGUUCUUUAGUUUAAUUCUGGUUUCAUCCUACACUGCCAACUUAGCGGCUUUCUUAACGGUCGAGAAACUAGUAACACCAAUUGAAAGUGUGGAAGAUCUUGCUAAACAAACGGAAAUUCGUUACGGAACAGUCAAGGGCGGUUCAACAAUGGCAUUUUUCAAUAAGUCGACAUUGAUUACAUUUAAACGUAUGUGGGAUUUUAUGCAGCAGCAUAAGGAUGAUGUUUUCGUCACGUCCAAUCAUGAAGGGAUUGAGAAAGUUCGCCGAUCGAAAGGCAAAUUUGCUUUUCUUCUUGAAUCUACAUUGAAUGAAUAUGUUAAUGAACGGUAUCCAUGUGACACAAUGCGUGUGGGAGAAAAUAUUGAUGCCAAAGGCUAUGGUAUUGCUACUCCACUCGGAUCGGAUCUACGCGAAGCGAUUAAUAUUGCUGUAUUAGAAUUGACAGAAAGUGGAUUUCUCGAACGUUUGAAACAAAAAUGGUAUUACGAACGAAGUGAAUGUACCAAUGUCGGCACAAAGGAUUCAAAGCAAAGCACAGAACUGAAUCUGGCUAAUGUUGCCGGCAUGUUCUAUGUUUUAAUUGUUGGCCUUGGUGCCGCGAUGGUCAUUGCAUUUCUAGAAUUCUUAUUAAAAGCUAAAAUAGAUUCGACACGAUUGAAUCAGAAUAUACGCGAAGUUAUGCGACGCAAUCUACGAAUUUCGAUCACAGGCAUCGAUUUCGAUGAAAAACAACAACAUGCCGAUUAUUGGCCACUACAAGCACCAUCUCAGACGAGUCACAUUCAUCCCGAAACGGAACGAACCGCAACUGUUUCAAGCACUUAUGAUUUAAUGCGACAAGGAGACUCCAAUGGUUAUAACGAACAAAAAGAUUUGACUUUCCGUGGUUCUAAGCGCGAUAAUAUCUCUCAUCUCUAA